AAAAAUUUCCUUAUUAAGGAUUAAUCACAAGCAAUCCGUUCCAUCUCUUCGAGCUUUUGCAAUAGUCUAAAAUGGGUACUCAGCCCGAAUCUCCAUUGUUGCCCCAACACCAUGAGAAGAAAUCCAAGUACGCCGACGCCGCCACCAUCGUCGUUCCCACGGCCACCGAUCCUCCUACGCCGCCAGCCGCCUCCGAUGCGCUUAACAAUAAGAAACCACAAUCCGAACUUGCUGAGUGCUUAACUGGCUGCUGCGUAGUCGCCAUUUUUUUCGCCUUGGUCGGCGGUGUUAUAACAACCGCUUUCAUGACAUACGGCCACUUGGCACCCUACUCCCCCUCGGCCGACGUCGUUUCAGCCUUUGUGUCAGUCAACAACGACACUAAUGGGCCCAAGACGGGCCGGUUAACUGCCAAUUGGGCCUUCACUCUCAAUCUCAACAACGCGCUCUUUUGCGAUUACUGUCAGGGCGUGUAUCCGUACCAAGUCGAGGCUUCCGUUUAUUAUCAUGGCGGCGAGGACGGUGGCGGGCAUAUGCUCGCAUCGACUCAUCAGUUCUCCGGGUUAACCGUCGACCCGAGCCUGGAGACCUUUUUAAUUCAAUUGGGAGCGGAAGAAGCUGACGUCGGGGAGAGCGUGGUCGCGGCGAUUUUCAAGGAUGUAGCCGAAUUGGAGCAGAAUCGGUUGCGGUUCAGAGCUGUGGUUCUGGUGUGGGUGCGGGUCAAACCGAACAACUUACGUAGCCGGUAUUAUUUGGUGCGGAUUAGUUGCGAUCCGUUUUGGACCGGAUCUGCCGGUAUUGUGGGCAAGUCUCACGAAGAUCGCAAAAAAUGUCAAGUUCACGUGACUCGACAAAGCAAACCAAGCACCCUGGAUGAAGAUCGGACAAGACUGAGCACCGCAAAAUAAACUAAAGUGAAGCUUUCAGUCGUGCAAGUGCAAGUGUUAGUUUUGAUUCACGAUCUUUUGUAAGGAUAGAGCUUUAUGGAGAUUAAUUUUGAUUUUCGGAUUUGAUGUUAUUGUAUGGUUUUUAGAUGGAUUAGUAACUAUUAUGAGAUUGAAAGGAUUGUAUUUGACAGAUAUCUAUUAU